AUGAGUCUUGUGUCGUCGUCGUCCACCUCGCCGAUAGCACUCGCAAUUCGGCGCCUCCGCACCAUUGCAGCCCAGGAGGAGCAGGCGCGUCAGCUCACCACCUCAGCAGCGCUGGAAGAGUGGACAACGCAGACCUUCGAAGCCGAAACGGAGCGCAUAAACCGCGAGCUGAUACAGAGGCGUUCGCAGGCAUCAGCGACUUUCUUCCCCGCGCUUUACAUGCGAGGUCGCAACCCGGCCGCCGAGGAGACUACACGGCUUCUGCACGGCACCUGCAAAGCCUUUGAGUUGGACCUACGCUUCAAGGAGAUUGAGAAGCUGGACAAAAUGCACGCACAUUUGUGGACACUGCUGAGUGCAGGGGGUCGCACCAGCAUUACCGUGGAAGCCUACGAGCAGCUGCUGCACGACUUCAACGAGUGGGCAGCGGAGCACUAUGGAGCGCAGCUUCCACCGCCGCCGAGCACCGUCUGGGAUGUGUCGGAGAAUGAGGACGAGGUCAUCUUAUGCAGAAGGGAGGGAAAUGAAAAAGACCACGAGAAAGGCGGAGGCGGUAGUGGGUCGCCCUUGAUAGCUUCUCUAGGUUCCUCUGUCUCGCCAGAGCAACCUCCCUCCGCAGGCACGCCGUCGGUCUCGGCCGCUACUGCAGCGGCGGUCAACGACGCGCCAGGCAACAGCGGUACCCGGUGCGCGAGCUGGGACGCCGUUUCGCGGCACGUCAAACGCUUUCGGGAACAGCAGCGGCUGCUUCAGUUGCAGCACUGCAGUGAUUCCCCGGCCCCCGCAAACUCCUCUAUGCGGAGCUACGCCCACUUUGAGCAUCUGCUCCGCCUGGCUGAGGACCAGCCAGCGCUUGGCAACGUGCUCUACCUCUGCUCGGUGCCGCCGCCACGACCGGACGUGCAACUUUUCCUUUCCUGUCCUCGUAACGCUGAGCACGCGGUUGAAAUUGCCGCCAUCUACCAGACCUUUGCGAAGCAGGUGUCCUUCGUCAAGUGCGAGGCGGAGCUUAUUAUGUGGGACAGCAACAACGAUGGACGGCUCUCGGAGGAUGAAGUGGAGAACUACGUGCGUGAUCUGGCGCCCCGCAUCGCCGCGCUGCAGGUAAUGGGAAAGGACAUGCUUCCCUUUUACUGUUGCACAGUGAGUCGCCGGCUUUUCUGGGAUCUCGACCCGGGCAAUCGCGGUGUGCUACGAAUCCACUCCCUGCUGCAGAGCAGUGUGAUGGAUGAGUGGGUGAGCCUGCAGCUCAUGACGGAAGACGACCCGCAAAACUGGUUCGGUGCCCUCGUAACGCAGCAGCUCUACAACAAGUUCGUGCUGCUCGACACACGCAACAUCGGCACGCUCAACGUAGAGAACCUGCGUGGGUACAAAAAGGGCUUGCCGACCGUGCUCGACGAUGGUCUGCCGCCGGACGUCAGUCCGCUCUGUUCCCUCUUUAUUGAUCGUUACUUCGAGACGAACACACUCAUGACACGGUCUGAGAUGGACUACCGGAAAUUUGUGGAUUUUGUAAUCGCCGUGGAGCUGCUACCGCAGUGCAGCCGGCCGUACUUUUUCUGGAACAUCCUUGACGUAGAAGGGACAGGCGUGUUGACGCCGAUGAUCGUCAACCAGUUCUUUCGAGAGACGCACGCGAAGCUCGUGGUCGCCAAGUUGGACGUGCCCUUGCGCGAGACAGUUGUGCAGGAGGUUUUCGAUCUGAUUGACAAGGCGGAGCCGCUGCGCAUCACGCGCGAAGAGUUUGUACGAUCGCCGCAGGCAGGCUUGUUUGUGGCGCUCUUGAUCGACUGCCUCUCGUUUUGGACCUACGAGAAACGUGAGCAGCGCUGA